AUGUUUAGAACACCAGUGUUGAAUCCAUUAAGACGUCUUAUCAAAUAUCAGUCAACUGCUGCUGUUCCCGAGGGAACUAACGCUAUAAAAGAGCUGCCUAUCAAUGUUGAAGCAGUGUACCAUGCACCAUUGAAAAUUCCCAUCGAACAUGGCGAUUUGAUAGCAGACGUGCAGUUGCGCUCAUACGAUUAUGAAAACUUGGAUUUUUACGCCGAUUUCAUGCUGAGAGCCGGGUUCUACCUGGGCAUGCCGUUGACCGGCCCCAAACCAUUGCCCACGAGAAGAGAGCGUUGGACCGUGAUAAGAUCGCCGUUUGCGCAGGCCAACUCCAAGGAGAAUUUCGAGAGACAUACUCACAAGAGACUGAUCCGGGUGUGGGACACAAAUCCAGAGGUUGUUGAACUUUGGCUCAGUUACAUCACCAAACACUCUAUCGCAGGCGUGGGAAUCAAGUGCAAUAUUUACCAAAAAGAGGGCAUAAAAUUGCAAGAAACACUCAAGCAGAGCUCUCUCUUAGCAGGAGAGCACAAGUCGCAAUCGCUGGACGAGGCCGUGGGCGAAAAGGUCCUAGAGCUCUUGAACAACGAGGCCUUCAAAAAGCAUAUGUGA